UUUUUUCUCUCUUGAAUAACCUACUCACUCUAUGAAGAAGUCGACAAGCCUUACUCUCCCAAUUCCAAUAUCGUGCAAAAAAAACAGUAAUCAGAAUCUCAUACAAUAUUGCAAAUAGUUUUUCGAAACUCGAAUCAUAGUCCCUCAAAAGUCUCCAAAUUCCGAUCUUCUUUUUCAUUCUCUCCGAUCCAAAGGGUUUUGAUUUAUAUUUUUAUUUUGAUUUUCAAUCAAACAUUUAAGUAUAGAUACUGUUGACCAAAGUUACACCAAUGCCAGCAAUGUCAUCUCUUCUUGUCAAUGGAAUUCCCCAAUUUCGUCCACAAGUUGUGAAAGGCUCUUCGGUUCACGUAAAUUGUACCAAAUCAAGAGCUUCAGGUUUUAAGGUUAGGGCAAACAGUUGUGGUGAUCACCAAGUUGACAACUUCCUGAAAAGGGAUUAUAGGUGGGGAUUUAAUCAACAAAUAGACUCAUUUUCUUUACCCAAAGGCCUAUCCGAGGAAACCGUUCGGUUAAUAUCUGCAAGAAAAAAUGAGCCUGAUUGGAUGCUUGACUUUAGACUUAAAGCAUAUCACAAGUUUUUGAACAUGAAAGAUCCAAACUGGUCUGACAAUAGAUACCCGAAAAUUAAUUUUCAGGAUAUUUGUUAUUAUUCCGAGCCUAAGAAGAAACCAACUUCGGAUAGUCUUGAUGAGCCUGCACCUAAGCUACUCGCCUACUUUGAUAGGCUUGGGGUUCCUCUCUUAGAAAAUAAGACGGGUAAUGUAGCCGUAGAUGUUGUUUGUGAUAGUGUUUCGAUUGCAACGACUCAUAAGAAGACUUUGGAGGAAAAGUCGGGCGUGAUAUUCUGUGCUAUAUCCGAAGCUGUAAGGGAGUAUCCGGAUUUGGUUAAGAAGUAUUUAGGAAAGGUUGUCCCUUCUGAUGAUAACUUUUAUGCAGCGUUGAAUUCUGCUGUGCAUGGGGAUGGGACGUUUGUGUAUAUUCCCAAGAAUGUCAAGUGUCCAAUGCAAAUAUCGACAUAUUUUAGGAUUAAUGCGAAAGAGUUUGGUCAGUUUGAGAGGACAUUGAUUGUCGCAGAAGAGGGUAGUUUUGUGGAGUACUUGGAAGGGUGUACUGCACCCGUUUACGAUACUAAUCAGUUACACGCAGCAGUGGUUGAAUUAUAUUGUCAUGAAGGAGCGGAGAUUAAAUAUCUGACAAAGCAGGAUUGGUAUGCUGGUGACGAGAAUGGGAGAGGUGGGAUAUAUAACUUUGUCACCAAGAGGGGACUCUGUGCUGGGGCCAGAUCAAAGAUAUCUUGGACACAGGUGGAAAUAGGAUCAGCAAUUACAUGGAAGUAUCCGAGUGUUGUUCUAGAGGGUGAUGAAUCAGUAGGGGAGUUUCAUUCGGUAGCACUGACUAAUAACUAUCAGCAGGCAGAUACAGGGACAAAGAUGUUACAUAAGGGAAAGAAUACUAGGAGUAGAAUCGUAUCGAAAGGUAUUUCUGCUGCUCAUUCCAGAAAUUGUUAUAGAGGACUUGUGCAGGUAAUGUCAGGUGCAGACGGAGCUAAAAGCUCCUCACAGUGCGAUUCCAUGCUCGUAGGAGAUACUGCAGCUGCAAAUACCUACCCAUACAUUCAGUCUAAGAAUCCUUCUGCUCGAAUUGAACAUGAAGCUACAACAUCGAAAAUUGGUGAAGAUCAGCUGUUUUACUUUCAACAGAGAGGAAUCGACUAUGAGAAUGCCAUGUCGGCUAUGAUAGUUGGAUUCUGUAGAGAUGUAAUUGAUGAUCUUCCAUAUGAAUUUGCUUCUGAAACAAAACAGUUGUUGAGCUUGAAGCUAAAAGGAUCUGUUGGUUAGGUUCCAUAGCCGCUGGAUGCUUUUGCUGCUGAAGAUGUUACAGACUCAGUACUUGAUGAUGUAUAUGUAAACAAUAAUUUAGUUUUUUAGUUUUUUUUUCUUGAAAUAUGUAACCGUAAAAAGGCAGCAUUUCGCACCUACGGUGCUCUGCCAUCAUAAUAUUUAUUGUUGGGAUCAGCUCCAGCACGGAUUAGACUUUUCAGCAGUUGCAAGUUUCCAUUAUAAUCUUGCAUUGUUUACUUUUAAAGCAAUCUA